AUGUCUCAAGGAAGCUCAUCUACUCUCGUCUCUUCUCAGAUUAAGUGUCAUUGUGGUUUGAUAGCCAGCCACUUAACUUCGAAAACUAUUGCUAAUCCUGGAAGGAAGUUUUAUAAAUGCUCUAAGCCUAAUGAUUAUUCAUGUCGGUUUUUCUUGUGGGAAGAUGAAGUUUUCCCAGUUAAUCAUAUGAAUGCAAAUAGAGAAUUGGGGUCGUCAAUGGAUGUUGUUAUGUUGGACAUAGAGAAAUUGAAGCAAGAAGUAGCUGCUAUGGAGGCUAAAAAUCAUUCUCAAGUGAUUGAAGUUUCAAUAUUGGAAGAGAAAGUAUCAAAGACGUGGAUCAUUCUAUUGAUAAUAUUAGGACUAUUUUUGGGGUUCGUUGCUACUUCAAUGAAGAAAUGA